GUAAAAAUUUAGCGUCUGAAAUGAAAAUUUAAGCUGUUAAUUUGUGGUGUGUGAAGGGUUGGCAAUGCUGAACCACUCCAGUCAUUUGCAAGAUGGCGUCGAUUCUAAAAUUGUCCAAAUCCGUGGCAAAAUUAUCAAAAAAUGGGCCAAUAAUUCAGACGGCUAAAACCCUCCGAAAUGCCUCAACGGCCGCUGAACAAAAACAGGUCGUCUUGAACGUGCCUCCCACAAACGUGACGACACUAAAUUCAGGUAUAAGGGUGGCGACUGAGGACUGGGGCUCGCACACAGCCACGGUAGGUAUCUGGAUCGACGCCGGCAGCCGCUAUGAGAACUCGAAAAACAACGGAGUCGCCCAUUUCAUGGAACACAUGGCUUUUAAGGGGACGGGUAAGAGGAGCCAGACCCAGCUCGAGGUCGAGAUCGAGGACAUGGGGGCCCACUUGAACGCCUACACGAGCCGCGAACAGACUGUUUACUAUUCGAAAUGUUUGGCCAAAGACGUGCCCAAAGCCAUUGAGAUUUUGGGCGAUAUUGUGCAAAAUGCCAAACUGGGCGAAGCGGAAAUCGAGCGCGAACGCGGGGUUAUUUUGCGUGAAAUGCAAGAGAUUGAGUCUAAUCUCCAGGAGGUUGUUUUCGAUCAUUUGCACGCGAUUGCGUAUCAAGGGACGCCUUUGGCUAACACGAUUCUGGGGCCCACCGCCAACAUUAGGGCUAUCAAUGCCAAUGAUUUGCGCUGCUAUUUGGAUAAUCACUACAAGGCGAGCCGGAUUGUGGUGGCCGGUGCUGGGGGUGUUAAUCACGAUGAGUUGGUCAAACUGUGUGAGCAACAUCUGACCAAAUUGAAUAACAACUAUCCUGACGAAAUCCCGAUUUUGAGUCCUUGCCGUUUCACCGGCUCUGAGAUUCGCGUCCGUGACGAUUCCCUGCCUUUGGCCCACAUCGCCAUAGCUGUGGAAGGUACCGGAUGGACCGACCCAGACACCUUGACCUUGAUGGUGGCUUCCACCUUGUUGGGUGCAUGGGAUAGGUCCCAAGCGUCGGCAAAACAGAACGCUACAACUCUGGCACGUGCCAGUGGCGAAGGCGAGUUGUGUCACUCGUACCAAAGUUUCAACACGUGCUAUAAAGAUACGGGUUUGUGGGGCAUUUACUUCGUCUCAGACCCGCUCAAAAUCGAAGAUAUGGUCUUUAAUAUCCAACAGGAGUUUAUGAGGUUGGCUACGAGUGUUACUGAGGGUGAAGUCGAGAGGGCUAAGGCUCUCCUCACGGCCAAUACUUUGCUCCAAUUGGAUACUUCCACUGCUGUGUGUGAGGAUAUUGGGCGCCAGUUGUUGUGUUAUGGAAGGAGGCUGCCCCCUCAUGAAUUGACCCAUAGGAUUAAUUCCAUAACAGCGCAAAAUGUACGAGAUGUGUGCUACAAAUAUUUGUACGAUCGGUGUCCCGCUAUUGCCGCAGUGGGGCCAGUUGAGCAACUGCCAGACUACAACAGGAUCCGUAGCUCAAUGUAUUGGUUACGUGUCUAAGUGUUUAAAAAAUAGUCUUUAAAUUCAACAAUGUAAAUAAUUUUUUGUUCCAACUUGGUUAAUUUUAUUAAUAAAGGUACGUGUCACAGUU